AUUUGAUUUACAUAAGUUGGUAAGAAUCAAUCAAUUUGGUAGAGGAGUUGGCGUAGUAGUAGUACUUGGAGUAGCAUUACAACUCCCACCUGAAUCAGAAAUAUAAAGGAGAUCCCUUUUUCUCCGGAAGAAGUUUUCUGAUUGAUGUAUCUCGACAAAAUCGGGUUAAAGAGAGGAACUUUCGGAGAUGGGUUUGUUCGAAUCGGUGAAAUCAAUCAACUGGGAGCUCGAAUCAUCUCCGGUUUACCAGGAUUUUCGUGUUCUUCCUCUUUUCGCUGUCUUCUUCCCUACGAUUCGAUUUCUCCUCGAUAGAUUCGUCUUCGAGAAAUUGGCAAACCAUUUGAUCUAUGGAAAACAUAGGCAAGAUAUGGGAGAUGACACAACCGAGAGAAAGAAGAAGAUCAGAAAAUUCAAAGAAUCGGCAUGGAAGUGUGUUUACUAUCUAUCAGCUGAGAUUCUUGCUCUAUCUGUGACUUACAAUGAGCCUUGGUUUAUGAACACUAAAUACUUUUGGGUAGGUCCUGGAGAUCAGACUUGGCCUGAUCAACAAACGAAGUUAAAAUUGAAGUUUUUGUAUAUGUUUGUGGCUGGUUUCUAUACAUAUUCCAUCUUUGCUCUGAUUUUCUGGGAAACGAGGCGUUCUGAUUUUGGAGUUUCAAUGGGUCAUCAUAUCGCCACUCUCAUUCUUAUUGUCCUCUCAUACGUAUGUAGUUUCUCCCGUGUUGGUUCUGUUGUUCUGGCACUUCACGACGCUAGUGAUGUGUUUCUUGAAGUGGGGAAAAUGUCUAAAUAUAGUGGAGCAGAAAGCAUUGCCAGCUUUUCAUUCAUUCUUUUUGUUUUGUCUUGGAUCAUUCUCCGCCUCAUUUACUAUCCCUUUUGGAUCCUAUGGAGCACAAGCUAUGAAGUAGUUUUGGAGCUUGAUAAGGACAAGCACCCGAUCGAAGGACCAAUUUACUACUACAUGUUCAACACUCUCCUUUAUUGCUUGCUUGUUCUUCACAUAUAUUGGUGGGUUUUGAUGUAUCGGAUGCUUGUGAAACAAAUACAAGAUAGAGGCAAGCUUAGUGAAGAUGUCAGAUCUGAUUCUGAAGGCGAAGAAGAACACGAAGACUGAUUUGAUCACAAAGGUAGAAACUGGUUAAUAUGAAAAGUAAAAGCACGACGUUAUCUCUUAACAUGUUCAGAUUCUUUUGUUCUGUUUCUGUGAUUCUGAUCACUAAUGGAGGAUAAGAGAGUACAUAGACCGAGCAAGAGUCUCCAAUCUCCAACAUUGAACCAACUCAUGGAACAGAAUGGAUUUAGGAUCUCUCAUUCUUAAAGAUUUGGAAAUCGGUUCGAUGCGACCCUAAUAUUGUAGUUGUAUUUACUUGUAUGUAUCCUGAACAAAUUCCAAAUCUUCCUUGAUUGUAUUUGUAUUCAUUUCUCGUUUUGUAUCACUCACCGUUCAUAAUAGAAUAUCAAAUUGAUUCAUGUUUCUUACAA